GGAAGAUGUUUUCCGCCCUGAAGAAACUGGUGGGGUCGGAGCAGACCCCGGGCCGGGACAAAAACAUCCCCGCCGGGCUGCAGUCCAUGAACCAGGCGUUGCAGAGGCGCUUCGCCAAGGGGGUGCAAUACAACAAGGUCACAAAAUCUGAGACGUUCCUGUCAUAGAGAGCACGGAGUGGGACACCAGCCUGGACGUUCACACCCUGGAGUGCACUACAAAGAUUGAAAUGAACAAGAUCUGUGUGCCUGGAACAGACAUGACUAAGGAAUACAGUGAGGGAGAGUCUCUAAAGCUUCACAAACAUGGAGAAUGAAAUUAUAAUGUCCAUACAGCAUUGGAGCCAGGACCCCAUCAUGAGGUGCCAUCAGAGCACAGGUAUCUGGGACAUGAGCCCCUGAGUUUAUAAGGUGAAGAUAGUGAUCCGAGGAGACAGGAACACGGGCAAGACGGCACUGUGGCACCGGCUGCAGGGCAAGGCCUUUGUGGAGGAGUACAUCCCCACGCAGGAGAUCCAGGUCACCAGCAUCCACUGGAGCUACAAGACCACAGAUGACAUCGUGAAAGUCGAGGUCUGGGACGUGGUUGACAAAGGAAAAUGUAAAAAGCGAGGGGAUGGCUUGAAGAUGGAGAACGACCCCCAGGAGGUAGAGUCUGAGAUGGCCCUGGAUGCUGAGUUCCUGGACGUAUACAAGAACUGCAAUGGGGUGGUCAUGAUGUUCGACAUCACCAAGCAGUGGACGUUCAACUACAUCCUCCGGGAGCUGCCAAAAGUGCCGACCCACGUGCCAGUGUGUGUGCUGGGGAACUACCGGGACAUGGGCGAGCACCGGGUCAUUCUGCCAGACGAUGUGCGAGAUUUCAUCGACAACCUGGACAGACCUCCAGGUUCCUCCUAUUUCCGCUAUGCUGAGUCUUCCAUGAAGAACAGCUUUGGCCUAAAGUACCUUCACAAGUUCUUCAACAUUCCCUUUCUACAGCUUCAAAGGGAAACACUGUUGCGGCAGCUGGAGACCAACCAGCUGGACAUGGACGCCACGCUGGAGGAGCUGUCCGUGCAGCAGGAGACUGAGGACCAGAACUACAGCAUCUUCCUCGAAAUGAUGGAGGCUCGCAGCCGUGGCCAUGCAUCUCCACUGGCAGCAAAUGGGCAGAGCCCAUCCUCAGGCUCCCAGUCUCCAGUUGUGCCUCUGAGUGCUAUAUCCACAGGGAGCUCCAGCCCCAGCACACCCCAGCCUGCCCCACAGCUGCCCCCCCACACCCUGUCAGCCUGCCCCCCGCCACCGGCCCCUGUGGCCCCCUUGGAGGCCCCUGCCCAGCCCCCACGACGGAGCAUCAUCUCUCGGCUGUUUGGGGCCUCGCCUGCUGCCCCUACAGCCCCUUCCCCUCCAGAGCCAGAGCCAGCCCCUGUGGCAGAGACCCCUGUGGAGGUCCAAAACGUGGAGGACUUUGUUCCUGAUGACCGCCUGGACCGCAGCUUCCUAGAGGACACCGCCCCCUCCGAGGAUGAGAAGAAAGCUGGAGCCAAGGCCCUGCGGCAGGACAGUGACAGCGAUGGGGAAGCUGUGGCAGGGAACCCCAUGGUAGCAGGCUUCCAGGAUGAUGUUGACUUUGAAGACCAGCUGCAUGGCAGACCCCUAGUGGCCUCAGGCCCUGUCCCCAGUAAAAACAUCACUCUCUCAAGUGAGGAGGAAGCAGAGGCCACAGACCUCCCAGGAGCAGCUACCCUGGUCCCCCAGCAGUAUUCAGAGACAGAGAUGAAAUGGUCCUCCACAAAGGCCUCAAGGCCACAGAGUGGGGCAGCUCCCACGAAGGCUGAGGCACCCCCCUGGCCGGGAGGUCCCUCUGUGCACAUGGGUCCUGAGAAGGACAGCAGCUCCAGGUCCCCUGCUGAGGACUCUCCUCAUGGGACAGAGGAAGGCAAGGCCGAGCAGGCAUCCUCCUCAGAGAGUGACCCUGAGGGGCCCAUUGCUGCACAGAUGCUGUCCUUUGUCCUGGAUGACCCCGACUUUAAGAGUGAAGAGUCGGACACACAGCGGAAGGGGGAAGAGUUCCCUGUGCGAGACGACCUCUCUGACGCCACUGAGGAGGAUAUGGGCCCUGCUCAGCCAGCCCCGCCUCCCAAACCCCUCGCCCCUGCCAUCAGGCUGAAGAACAAGGACGAUCUCUUCGGGCUAGGGCUGGAAGAGGCCAUCACCAAGGACAGCAGUGAUGAGGGCAAGGAAGGCAGGCCCCCCUCCAAGGAGAAGAGGAAGAAGAAGAAGAAAAGCAAGGAGGUCCCUCUUGUGCCCCAGGAGGAAGAAAAGGCUGCAAAGAAGAAGAGCAAACACAAGAAGAGCAAGGACAAGGACAAAGAGGAAGGCAAGGAGGAACGGAGGCGGAGGCGGAAGCCUCCACAUGGCAGGGAGAAGAAGGCUGAGGAUGAGCUGGAGGCCUUUCUGGGUGGCCACCACCCUGGGAGUGGAGACUACGAGGCGCUCUAGGACUUUGGCCCACGUACCCUGUGCUCCACUGCCAGCUGGGAGAGGCCUGUGCCAGGCCUUUGUGGUCAGCAGCCCCUGGGCCCGGUACAAGCCUACCCUGCAGGGAGGGAGGGGACAGCUGGGCUCAGCCAGGUUCCGUGAAUGACUGGCCCUCUCAGAGCAGAGCCACAGCCAGUCCCUAGCGUUUCUCAGGGAAUUGACUGAGGCAGAGGAGGGACCUACCAGGGUCUGUUUACAGAGGCAGGGCAUUGGGCUGCUCAGCUUCUUGGGCAUCCACCACCCAGAGCCCACUCCUGGCUUGCCCUCCUGAGCUCACCCCAGGCCUCAGCAUGCCAACACCCGCUUCCAACCACCAGGCUAGGGCUGUGGACAGGCACACAUGCCUCCAGGGCCCAGCCCUGAGCACAGGUGCACAGCCUCAAGGGAGGCUGUGACAGGUUGGUUAAGGUAGGCAAGCAGCAACACCAGAGGCCUCUCCUGGGAGGGGGUCUUCAGGGUCAGUUCCCACUGCACCCCACCCUUGGGUGAGCCCACAGGCACUCCACCCAGACCAUAAAGCUCUCCUGUCUCAC